AUGGCUCCCAAAACACUUCGUAUCCUCAUCCUCCCCGGCGACCAUGUCGGCCCCGAAAUCAUGGCCGAGGCUCUCAAAGUCCUCGACGUAAUUGAAGCAAGCCGUCCAGACCUACACUUUGAAAGAGACACAGAUAUCGUCGGUGGCUGCAGUAUUGAUAAGCACGGCACACCCGUCACCGAAGCCGUCCUUGAUAAAGCACUUGCAAGCGACGCCGUGCUCUUCGGUAGCAUUGGCGGUCCAGAGUGGGCUGGCGCUGAUCCCACGCCUGAGUCUGGACUUUUGAAACUCCGCCAGAAGCUCGAUGCAUUCGCCAACCUGAGACCUUGUGAGAUUCUUGUUCCAAGUCUUAUUGGCGCGUCACCUAUCAAGCCCGAGCUUGUUGAGGGUCUGAAGUUUAUUGUGGUGAGAGAGAACUGUGGUGGCGCCUACUUUGGUGAGAAGAAGGAAGAUGCGGAUGUUGCGUCUGAUCUUUGGGUGUACUCACGUCCAGAGGUUGAAAGACUGGCCCGCGUGAGCGCGGCUGUAGCAAGAAUUUUACAUUCUAGCACAGGCGCUGGAGGGAAGCCCGUUGUUUGGAGUGCCGACAAGGCCAAUGUUCUAGCGAGCGGGCGUCUCUGGCGUCGUGUAACAACAGAGAUCUUCCAAAAGGAACUCACCGACGUGGAAUUGAAGCAUCAGCUUGCAGAUAGUCUGGCGAUGCUCAUGGUCAAGGACGCUGCACGUUUCAACCACAGCGUCAUCCAUACCGACAAUACCUUUGGCGACAUUAUCUCUGAUAUUUCCGGUGGGCUUACCGGCACACUGGGUGUUCUCCCUAGUGCCAGUCUUGCCGGUAUCCCCGGAGAUGGACCAUGUAAGGGUAUCUACGAGCCAGUCCAUGGUAGCGCACCAGAUAUCUCAGGCAAGGACCUCGCCAAUCCUGUCGCACAAAUUCUGAGUUUGGCCAUGAUGCUUCGUUACUCAUUCCUUAUGGAGAAGGAGGCUUCUGCAAUUGAGCAAGCUAUUGUCAAGGUCUUGGAUACAAAGGAGAAUGGUGGGUUAGAAACCAGGACGGGAGAUCUGGGAGGGUCUGCUAAGUGUACCGAGGUUGGUAAUGCUGUUUGUGAAGUCCUUAAGAAGUUAUUACAAUAA